AUGGCACCAUUUCUAAGAUACCUGUAUUGCGAACCAUCUCAGUUAAGGGAAUAUGCUGAACUGCGAAUGGGUUUACUGAAGAUCUUACUUCAGCCUCAUGGUCUAAAGCACAAAGAAGCACCCUCCAUGCUGGAAUGCCAGAUUCUUCAACUUCUAUGUGAUUUCAUUCCACACCUUCAGCUUAAAGAUAUACAGCAAGUUACAGAAACCUUGUUUUUUCUGCAAGAGCUAAUCCUCAGCCUACUGCGCUAUCCUGUGUUUUGGAAAGUUCAGUUAUCUCAGUUUUGUCUGCAACUAUUAUGCUUCUGUGAAGUGUGUUUAAACAUAACAGGAGAAUGCUCAUCUCUGAUCUCCUUAAUAGAGGACAACUUUGAGCUCUUAAAAGAGGUAUUUCCAGUGCCACAGUGUAUAAUUGGGCUAGCGCUUCUACUGCUGCAAACACCAGAAAGUCAGCAAAAGCCUGUCUUGAGUCUAGCCUACAAGCUCCUUUCCUGUUCAGAAACCCAGAACACCUCAACUAUAGCCCUUACUUUGGUGAUGCCUGUGCUACAGAUCUUGUCUUCUACAACAGUUGGGGACUGCCUAUCAGAGGAUGAUUGUGGACCUACCAGGCAGCAGCUGGCUGCAAAUCUUUUGGCAAUGUUACAGGAGGAAGGUGUGAAGGCUAAAAAGGAAUUG